UCACACGCCGCCGCCGUCGCUCGGAGAGGAUUUCCCAUUGUGGCGCGCGUGUUGUUUUGUGUUCAUUCGUCAGCUGUUCGCCGCACUAGACGAGCGCACUCCGCUGCGGUCUGCUUUGUUGUCCACACGCACGUAUCUUUGCCGAUCGUUUUUCCGUUUCCUGUCGCGUCGUCACCGUCGUUUCCCCGUCGAGUCUCCGAUACCGACAGCGAGUCGACUACGUCAUAGCUACCUCCGACAACGCCGUUACACUGUCCGCCGUUGUCGCAGCGAUUUGCCGACAGACGACACAGCAGCCGCCGUCGUCGUCCGCGCAGUUACACUGGAUGCGUUUGAACUUCAUGUUCCAACCCGUAACCGAGUACCGCUGACUAGAGCAUCAUCAUGGUCAAGACGUUUCAGGCGUAUCUGCCGGACUGCCACAGGACAUACUCUUGCAUUCACUGCAGAGCACACCUGGCAAAUCACGACGAACUUAUAUCCAAGUCUUUUCAAGGCAGUCAAGGAAGAGCAUACCUUUUCAAUUCUGUUGUAAACGUUGGAUGCGGCCCGGCAGAAGAAAGGAUUUUGUUGACCGGACUACAUGCGGUCGCCGAUAUAUAUUGUGAAUGCUGUAAGACCACCCUGGGUUGGAAAUACGAACACGCGUUCGAAUCCAGCCAGAAGUACAAGGAGGGCAAGUACAUAAUCGAAAUGGCACACAUGAUCAAAGAAAACGGCUGGGAGAGCCCGCCGAAGAAAUGAGCUCCUAUCGUCAUUCUAUCUAUCUCUCUAUCUCUCUGUCUUUCCCGCCAUGCGUUUCUCUCGUCAAAUAUCUCUUUGUUUUUCCCUAUCUGCCCCCUUCACCCAACCGUCCAACCACUCCGAAAAAUUUACUGUCUCACUCACUCCCUCCCUGCCACCCUUUUUUCGUUCAUCCGACCUCGAAAAGUUUGACGUUUUUCCGGACAAUCUGCAGUGUUUGGUAUUGCCAACCGUUGAUGUUUAUCGUGACCGCGAUAAACGUUAUCGCAGAGUUAUGGCCACAACGAAGGCGAAUAUAAUAAUAUUUGCAGCUGUCAUAAUAUUUUCGCCAUCGUCCUAACUCCGCUGGAUAUGCAAAUGCGCAAAUGAUCACCGGUAAAUGAUGGAGGGAAAUCUCAAUUAAUACGCCGGAGUUAACGUUAGACGGUUAGCUUACGGACUUAUUAUAAUUAUAAAUCUAGUAUUAAUUAACUAAUGGUGUACCUAUUUAUAAUAUUAAGUAUUUAUGUGAUAACGUGAUCGUAUAUAAGAGUAUAUAAUUAAUGUCGGCACUGUAAUUCGGUUUCAAAAGAAACACACAAAAUUAGAGAUGUAUACACACCUCCCAAAGCUUUUUCGAUACAUAUUAUAUAUUUAUUAUUAUGGCCACAAAAACAGAUUUAUCGGUUUAUUGAUAUUUUGAAAUAGUGAAAAAAAUAACUGUAAGUAUAAUAAUAUAUUUCUUGAGUUGUACAAAUAACAUUGAUUAAAUAAUAUUUAUUUAUUUAUUUUAUUUCGGUCAGUUCAUUUUAAUAAUGAGCUAUAUUUGUAUUAUUAUACAACGAAAAUCGAUAAUUAUUACUAUAUAUUAUAUAAUAUAAAUUAUAAAUUCGAAAAAUUAACGCAGGGUUUCGUUUUAAAACAUUGUUUUCGUAAAAUUAAUUUCAAUUUUAUUUUUGUUUUAAUAUUUGUUCUUUAACAAAUAGAUCCGGUCAAUGGCGUAUUGCUUGGUAAGAAUUUUGAGAAAAAAAUAUUUUAAUUUUGUAUUUUUGUGUUAUUUAAAUUCGUUUAAGAUAAUAAACUAAGACUAACCAUAAAAUUACUAACCCUUUAAAAAAUUCAAAAAAAAAAAACAAAUUCUUGAUAAAAAAAAUUAAUAUUAAAAUCGUGAUGCUUAAAAUAAUCUACCGGUUCUUAUAAUAUACAUGAUAUAUAAUAUUAUAUAAAAUUAACACAUUUUUUAUCCGUUGACUUUAUGUCGUAAUAAAUUAUAUUAAUAACAUCGUUUCGGUUGGUAGGUACAGUAUUUUCACAUAGUUUAGCUUAAUACAAUUAUCGGUAUAAAUGUUAUUAUCACAUACAGAUUACUGAGUGUCCUUAUUAGUAUAAUAUGGGGUUAGGAUUUAUUUUCAUGAACGGGGUAACGUGUCACACGACGUUUUUUUUUUUAUCACGGAAGCACCGUUACUAAAAUUCAUCUAUACCAUAAUAUACUAAUGGACUAAUGGACACGAUGUAAUAGUGCGCGUGUGUGACGUCGUCUUGGUAAUGAUAAUAUGUAGGUAGAUAAUUGUACUUUAGCAUUAAAGCGUAUAUAAGUAGUAUUGUAUUUAAAGCCAAAAUAAUUAUAAAAUAUAAUAAGAAUAAGUACUGUAUCCAAUAUUAUAAUACGAUAUUAAUGGUAGUAUUUAUAAUAAUUAGAUAUUAUUUUUUAUAUUUUCAAUGUAGUGCUACUUCAAAUCAUUGUACUUAAAACUAAAACUGGUCUCAAAAAUAAAAAACAAAAAAAUUCAAAAAAAUAAAACAUUGAAAGAGUUAGUCACUCUAAAUCCAUCGCUAUGUUAGCAAUUUAAAAAAAAAAACUUCCAUUUUAUUUUUGUCAUCGGCUCGAUUUUUUUUCGACUAUAUUAUUUUGUAUUUUUUUUUUAUUAUUAUUAUUAUUAAAGUUCCUGUGAAAACAACAAACUUUUCCGCUUGUCCUUGACAAAACUGAUCUCAAAAUAUAAUAAAAUAUGUUUUAUUAUGUUUUUAUUAACUAACAGAAUGGGCGAGUUAUAUAAAUAUUUUACUGGGAACGUAAAAUCCUGUAUACUGCACCAACAGAAAUGCAACUAGCACAACUCUGUUAUUUAUAUAAUAUAUGAUCAUCUGGGGAAUCGUUUGUUAUAAUAUGCGUUCUCGUCCUAAUAAAUAUAUUUCCGAGCCACAUCUUGUGAGAUUUGCCUAUGACUUUGUGCGUAUUCGCUGAGAAUCAUUACAAACUGAUCAAGUGCCCAAUACAUAAUUUUUUUAAUAUUAUCCAACUAUAUCGAUAUUAUCGAUCGAUAAAUAUUGAUUUAUCGCGGAAGAGUAGAAAAAAAUAUAUGUAUAAUAUAUUUAUCAUAUUGUCAGGUUCGUAUUUUCAAAUAGAAAUUUGUUUUUUCUCUUUUUUUUAGUUAGUUCACUUUCUUUUUUUUGACUAGUAGGUACCUAUGUCCAUUCACGUAAUCGAUGACCAAUCCUGAUCCCUUUGUUUUCAAUGAUCGGUAGACAUAAUGUGUUUUAUACAAUAUAUCUAUCUCUUCACUUUUACUAUUAUUAUUUUAUAACUUUUUAAAAUAUCUAGUCUAGUACCUAUUAUAAUAUAUUUCAAUAGCAUAAUUAUUAUUCGUGUUUCAGUAGGUUUUCACUUGGAAAUUAAUAAGAACUAUUUUAAUAUUUAUCGUUAGUCUAAUCAAUAAUAGUGAGAUGUUAGGGAUCAAAUUACGUAUUAUAUGUAUUAUAAGUUAUUAUGUAAUAAAAGUAUUUGAAUGUAUAAGAUAGACUUAUGUGUGCUUUUAUUGCUAUAAUUGUAAGCACAUAAGACCCCAUUAAAACUUACUUCUAGUGUUGCUAUAUUUCCAAAAACUAACAAUUUAAUAUUAGCUGUAUUUUUGUGUAAUACAUGUCAAAAGUAUUCAGAUUAUUUUAAAUAUUUGACAAGAAAAUAAUUUUUGUUUAAAAAUAAAUUAAAAAUACAUCAAUACCUACAUAGGCAUAGGUUAUAACUAUAAUAUAUACAUACGUAUUAAAAUACAUAUGUUUGUCCGAUGUUGGAAAUAUAGGAAGUAUUGAUGCUACCUAAAAAAAAAUUUUUUGUUGUUUAAGUUUUAUAAAUAAUAUUAUUAUUAAGUUAUUUUAACGUAUUGUUUUUUAAAAAUUUUAUACUUAACAUCUAUAUGUUUAAUGUUUAUAUAUUAAGUUUCGAUUUAGGAACGUUAACCUAUUAUUUUGAGUUGUGAUUUUUUUUUCAAAAUGUGUAUGAUAAUUAAAUAAAAAACAUUAUCUGUGAA